AUGGCCCCCUCAAAGACCGUCGCCGUCGCAUCGAAAGAUGUCGCGCCCACAAUUGACCCCGAGCAGACCCUGAAGGCGUCCAAGGCUCUCCUCGCCCACAUCAAGAAGGCCGCCGCCGCAAAGGCCGAGUCCUCCGGCAAGAAGAACCUCCUCGCCGACCCCGAAGACGAGGCCGAGAUCGCCCGCUCGCCCAUCUGGCUCACCCUCACCACGAAGCGCCACAUCGCCGACACCAACCGCCUCAAGCCCGGCAAGAUCGCCCUCCCGCACCCGCUCAACACGGACGACGAGUCCACGAUAUGCCUCAUCACCGCCGACCCCCAGCGCGCCUACAAGGACGUCAUCGCCUCCGACGACUUCCCCGAGGCCCUCCGCGCCCGCAUCACCCGCGUCGUCGACCUCGGCAAGCUCAAGUCCAAGUGGAAGCAGUACGAGGCCCAGCGCAAGCUCUACGCCGAGCACGACGUCUUCCUCGCCGACGACCGCAUCGUCAACCGCCUCCCCAAGGCCCUCGGCAAGACCUUCUACAAGACCACCGCCAAGCGUCCCAUCCCCGUCGUCCUCUCCCCCAAGCCCGCCCGCGUCGACGGCAAGCGCCAGAAGCAGCAGGAAGGCAGCGGCGCCGCCUCCAAGGUCGGCUCCCCGCAGGACAUCGCCGCCGAGAUCGAAAAGGCCGUCGGCUCCGCCCUCGUCAGCCUCACCCCCUCGACCAACACGGCCAUCCGGAUAGGCUACGCCGGCUUCACGGCCGCGCAGGUGGCCGAGAACGUCGAGGCCGUCGUCAAGGCGCUCGUCGAGAAGUGGGUGCCGCAGAAGUGGGCCAACGUCAAGAGCAUCUACAUCAAGGGCCAGGAGACGGCCGCGCUGCCCAUCUGGCUGACGGACGAGCUCUGGCUCGAGGAGAAGGACAUCGUCGCCGACAACAGCGAGGAGGCCAAGGCCAUCAAGGAGAAGGCCAACGUCGGCAAGAAGCGCAAGUCGAUCGAGGCCGCCGCCGAGGAGGAGCAGGACGAGGAGGAGAGCAAGCCCACGACCAAGAAGGCCAAGAAGGCCGCGCAAAAGGCGCUGCCCGAGAGCAACGACGACAAGCUCGACAAGAAGAUCGCGGCGGAGCGCAAGGAGAAGCUGAAGAAGCAGAAGGCCAAGGCCAAGGCUGCCGUGGACAACUAG